UUCUCAGGUUGAAGUGACUUUAUUAAGCAGUUAUUCCUGCCAUGAGGAUAAUUAUGAUUUAUAUUAUAGUCCAGAUGAGAAUGAGAUUACAAUGAUAAAGUGAAACACAGAUGAACAGUCAAAUAAAAAUAUAACAUUUAAAGGAAGAUUUCUUUAUUAACAUAUUGCAUUAGGCUUGGGGAAUAUGAUCAAAUAAAAUGUCAAUAAUUGAAUGUAUAAACUAAAACAGGAGCAAUCUAAUUAUAAGUGAUAAAUACAUGAUUGGAGACUUUUUAUAUUAUUAUAAAAGAAUAUUAUUCCAGCUGCGCGCGCACAUUUCUGCUUUCUUCCCGUUUUAAUGAAGGUCUAAAUGAUGUUGCACCCAUUUAAAUUCCAGCAUGGUCAUAAUUCACUCGUGCAUUCUCACAGCAACAUAAAACAUGAAGCACUUCAACCGAUGAUCUGAGAACAAUUCACAUAUAGAAAAUAACAACACUGCACAUCAGGACUCAUGCAUCCUAUAUAUAUUAUAAUAGCAAUGUUAUUAAUACAAGCAGGGCAUCGCGCAUUAGAAUACUUAUUCAUUACAGUGUUUUUGUGGUAUUUUAAUUAAUGUGUUGCCAUUCGUUGUAUGUUAGACAUAUAAAGUAAUGCAUGUAAUGUAAUGCGUGUAAUGUAAUGCGUAAUGCGUGUAAUGUUUGAUGUCUCAACAGUGUGUUACAUAUAAUCCGCAUCAAUGACACUCAAUGAUCCGGAGAGUAUUAGAGAAUAAACACUGUUGAGACAUCAAACAUCUGCAUAUUAAAGACACACUCUGGGGGGAAAAUGGACUUACCAAAGCAAUGACACACACAUCUGUGCGUUUUACUCCGCAGUUAAGCGUCACGUUUAUUUUAAUAACAGUCCAUUAAGAGAUUCAAUAUUACAGGUCUCGCGAUGAUGAUGAUGAUGAUGGUAAUAACACGUGUUAUAAAUGGCAACUGACCGAACUUGGUUCCACUGUAAUAUAAAUGCAUGCUUAUUUACACUUUUAAUGACGCUAUACGUUAUAAUAAUCUGCAGGAGUGACGUCAGAAGAGGACGCAUAGCCUACAGAUAUCGGCCGUGUUGUGCCGCAUAAAAUCAAAGCUGUUAUAUAGUUGUUCUAAGCGAAAUUGAAUUUAUAAAAACGCAUCAUUCAAUAGAAACCAACAAAUAAUUUCCGUAUUUUGUCGUAUGAAAGAAGCAACAAAAAAAUCCCAGUUUUAAAUAUCCUAGUUGAUCUAAAUAAAACUGGAGAAUAAACGCACCGCUAAAAUAUCGCGCGGAGUUCCCCGCGUCACCAUCAUUAAUGGCAAUGGUCAUACGGCACAGUUGUGGAGGUUAAUGUACUUACUCUGUCAGCGGGAAUGGCUCAUAAAAUAAACGUGUCUAUUUUGUCAAAUCUUGAAACAAUGAUUUUUACAGCGCGACGCGUCAUUAAAGCGCGUGACGGAGAGCGGUUUUUGUCCCAGAGACGCGCAUGCAAAUGUAACGCUGCGUAUCCUCCAAUCAGAGAGCGGCGUCACUUAGCGUCUUCCAAUGGGUGAUACGCGUUCGCAGGUGGCGGCGCGUUUAUCAGCUCGUCCCGCUGCGCGCACAUCACAGCGACAGUCCAUUCAGCGCGCCACGGCGAGUCACAUGCGGGCCAUCGAAGCACUCACAGCGGGCGUGAGAUCUCCCGACGGCCGCCGGCUGGAUUCAGGACGCUUGUGAAUCUUACGGACACUUUUGCACUUAUAAAACUUUUAAAGUUUCGAGAUUGGUCUGAUUUCGUUCCCUUGGAUAAGUUGGCAGGUUGUGGGCAGUACACUUCGCGUAAGGUGCACUCUUCUCCUUUGCGUGCUUAUUUGGUUAUUUCUUUCCUCGCGGUUUAUCCUGUGCUUCAUGCGCACCGAUGUUAGCUGUCGGGCAGAUGGAUCCUAACAGGCAGAGUGCUUUCGUCCUGGGCAGUACUCCACUGGCUGCACUGCACAACAUGGCCGAGAUGAAGACCUCUUUAUUCCCGUACGCCCUGCAGAACCCCGCGGGGUUUAAGGCUCAUUCUCUGACCAAUCUGAACUCCCAGAUCCCGUUGGGGACGCCACAUGGAAUAAGCGAUAUAUUGGGGAGACCCAUCACCGCAGCUGGACAGUUUCUCACGGGCUUUCCCAGGAUCAACGGGUUGGCCACAUCGGCCGGGAUGUACUUUAACCCCGUGUCCCGAUAUCCCAAACCCUUGACGGAGUUGCCCGGGAGGGCGCCCAUUUUUUGGCCGGGAGUGAUGCAGGGUUCGCCGUGGAGAGACCCGCGUGUGCCCUGUCCGGGAGUUUAUUUGGCUGACCGUCUUUUAUUUUCUUCAGCUCAAACAAACAUGAUGCUGGACAAAGAUGGCAAGAAGAAACAUUCCAGACCAACUUUUUCAGGACAGCAGAUUUUCGCCCUGGAAAAAACCUUCGAACAGACCAAAUAUCUGGCGGGUCCGGAGAGAGCGCGGCUGGCAUAUUCCCUGGGCAUGACGGAGAGCCAAGUCAAGGUGUGGUUUCAGAACAGAAGAACCAAAUGGCGGAAGAGACACGCGGCUGAAAUGGCCACAGCCAAGAAGAAACACGAUUCCGAGACGGAGAAGAUGAAGGAGAGCUCGGACAACGAGGAUGAUGAUGAUGAUGAAUACAACAAACCUCUGGACCCGAACUCCGACGACGAGAAAAUCUCAAGACUGUUAAAAAAGCACAAGUCGAGUAACCUGUCCCUCAUCAGCCCCUGUAGCAACAUCUCGGACACUUUGUGAUGAUACUGAGACUCUUCAUCAUCUUCUUCAUCAGCCUCGGGCUCUUCUGGAGAAAUGGGGCAGAAUUAAGCAGGGUAUAAACACUGUGUGUGUGAGAUGUAUAUAUGUUUUUUAUUGAGUAAAUUAUGUUAUUAAAGCAUCACGGAGACGCGCCAACUCCCCCUCAUCUUCAUCAUCAUCAUCAUCAUCAUCAUCACAGGUCAACUGAAGAUGAGUUUUGGUUCGGACAGUUGUCCCGUUUGUGUUUGGGGACAGGAACACAGGUGUAUAAAGUCGGUGUUGUAAAUGAUGUGAAUAGAAUUGAACAGUGUCUCUUUUGGCCGCUUGUACGUCACUGAAGGACUUUAUGUUUCACAGACACGAACAAUAGAAAUGUCGGACGCAGAAUAAAGUACUUUAAAUAGAAUUGAAUAUUAUCGCUUCCGCGCUGAAGGAAGAAAAACAACAACUUUGUAUUAAAAAUAAAUUAUUUAACAAGCCAAUGUUUGAAAUAAGUCUGGGUCCUUUCAUGAGUCACGUGCUGAUUUAUUGCUGUUUAAAACGAAAUAUUUCUAUUUGUAUUUCAUUAUGUGUAAGUUUAUUUGUAAUGCGCUUUUACGCGCGCGAGAGUUUGAAUGUUUCAUUUGCGCAUUAUUAUGAACAAUUACAGCACACGAAUGACACUGAAAUAAUACUAGCAAUUAUUAUGAAUUAUUAAAGUUAAUAUACAGUAAAUAUAACACUCUUAUUUAAUCGAAAGAUUUGAAAUAAUUUCUCCUUUAAAUGCGGAAUACCUCCGCAGAUUUAUAGAAGGGAUUUUAUGAACGUGUAAUGACCCCUUAAGUCUAUUUAAUUCUAUUAUAUUAGGACUUACAUUUAUAUUUCUCCAUCUAAACAAGCUUAAAUAGGAGAUGUUUGACGGAUGUCCAAAGUAAAAUCUGAAUUUGGAUGAUUCUUUAUUUUGCCCCGCGUGUGUUUCUCCUCCGUUUAUCAGGAUCACACACACACACAUAUACACACACAUAUACACACACUCACAUAUACACACACACACACACAUAUACACACACACACACACACACACACACAUAUACACACACAUAUACACACA